AUGAGUGCCAGGCUGCACGAUAACUCACAGCACUCGUCAUACUCGAGCAACCACGUCUUUGUUGAUCCACGUCACCCCGACUUCACAUCAAAUGAGCUUGAGGCGAAGAACAUACACGAGCAGACGUCAGCGUACUUCAGCAAGGAGUCUCUUUCACACGAGGGCGACGACAUCACGCAUAACUUGAAGAAGAAUCGGAGAGACACCAACCAGAGCGUGAGAAGAAACCGAUCUCUGAGCGACCUUGUUGAAGGGAGAAGAGGGUCAAGUGCCAGCGCACUGAACGUUCCUGGAGGAUUCAGAAGGGAGUUCAUCGUUAAAAGGGCGCGUCAGAAGGCCAUUCUGAACGACGAGGAGCUCAAGAAGGUUCCCUUCUUGACCAAGAACUUCAUGGAGUUCCUGUACAUCUACGGCCAUUUUGCAGGUGAAGAGUUUGACGAUGAUUUCGAUUGGGAUCAUAGUGGCGAGUCGGAAGUUGUGGAGGGCAUCGACGAAUCAACGCCGUUGGUUGGACAACAUCAAGCUCCCGUUGCUUACGAGGCUAAGGGUACAACCUCGACUCUGAAGGCAUUCCUCAUCAUGCUCAAGGCAUUCGUUGGCACCGGUGUUCUUUUUUUGCCAAAGGGAUUCUCCAACGGUGGAUUGCUCUUCAGCAUUGCAAUGCUCGGUGUAUUUGGUGUGUACUCUUACUGCUGCUAUUACCUGCUCGUGCUUUCCAAAAAUGCUGCAAAGGUUUCGUCAUUUGGUGAUAUCGGUGCCAAGUUCUGCGGAAGCUGGAUGAAGAAACUCAUCUUGUUCUCUUUGAUCUUGACUCAGGUUGGUUUUGCAGGUGCUUAUAUCAUCUUCACCACUGAAAACCUGUGUGCAUUCACGAGAAACGCACUACACGUGGAUAUAUCACCAGGUGCGUUCUUUAUCUUACAAACACUGAUCUUUAUACCGUUGUCCUUUAUCAGAAACGUUUCCAAACUGUCAUUAACUUCACUGUUGGCAAACUUCUUCAUCUUGUCAGGAUUGCUCAUUGUUCUUUACUUCACGUCAACUGAAAUCAUCUAUAACGGUGUUAAGCCCAUUGAACUCUUCAUCAACGAAUCCGAGUUCUCGCUCUUCAUCGGAACUGCAAUCUUUGCAUUCGAAGGCAUUGGACUCAUCAUUCCUAUCCAAGACUCCAUGCGUCAUCCAGAGAAGUUCCCACUGGUGCUUGCUUUGGUGCUCAUCACCAUUACAAUCAUCAUGGUUGGAAUCGCAACCAUUGGCUAUCUGGCAUACGGUGAAGAUAUUCAAACUGUGAUUCUUUUGAACUUACCACAGUCAAACUUUUUUGUCCAGUUGAUCCAAUUCUUUUAUUCACUGGCGAUUCUUCUUUCUACUCCACUACAGAUAUUCCCCGUGGUGGGCUUAAUUGAGAGGUUGAUAUUCAACAGAUCCUCAGGAAAGACCAAUGCACGGGUCAAAUGGUUCAAGAAUUUACUUCGUACCUGUAUCGUUCUAUUCACCGUGAACAUUGCCUGGUUUGGAGCGAAGAACUUGGAUAAGUUUGUUAGUUUCAUCGGCUGCUUUGCAUGCAUUCCAUUGGUUUACAUGUACCCACCAAUGCUCCAUCUCCAAGGUGUUGCGAAAGGUUGGAGCGCAAAACUUGGUGAUGUUGUAUUGAUCUGUGUUGGAUUCUGCUCGAUGUCCUACACCACAUACCAGAUCAUCUUUGGAUGA